AUGGACAAGGAGAAGGGUCAGCUGACGCUGUUCGACUGCCGCAAGGUGGUGUCUGGAGGCAAAGGGGGCAGCUGGGUGGUCUUCAGCGAGGGCGACAUCCUGACGCACAAGCAGACGCUGCUCAGGCCCGAGUCGAGCAUGCACCUGCUGCUCAACACGCUGCGCAAGCUGGACUGCUACCGCCUGCAGCUGAGCGACAUCAGCGGCACGGACAUCGGGCGUGCGGUGGCCACGGUGGCGGUGCUGCACCCGCGCCUGGAGGUGACCAAGCUGGCGUCCGCGCUGCUGCUCAAGUGGCAGGCGCUGUUUGACAGCUGCCUGUUCAGCCAGAUGGAGUAUGACGCGGAGGCAGCGGCGGCGGCCCCCGAGGGAGACCCCGCAGACUUCCAGCUGGUGGCGCCGCCGCCGCCGCCGCCCCCGCCGCCGCCGCCGCCCACGCGGGUGCAGCCGCCGCGCAAGGACCGCGCCACGCGGCUCAAGGAGGAGCAGCAGUACCUGGAGGGCAGCGACUUUGAGGGCAUCAGCGAUUCGUCGUCAGAGGAGGAGGGGAGCGGCAGCGAGGGCGACGACGACUGGCAGCCGGGGGGGCGGCGGCGCAAGUCGGGGGCCAGCAACCCCAGGAGCGGCGGCGGCAAGCAGAAGAGGAGCAGGCAGUAG